GAAAGUGAAAGUAGAUUGUUGACAGUUCUUCUGUCUCUAUGUUUAUCUCGUCUGCUCGAAGAAUUGGUGUUCUGUUUGCUCACGUGACUAGACACCAACAGGUUACGUCAUCACACCUCCUGACGUCAUCACACCAACUCGUGAGAAAGAUGUCGGUUGCCAUUGGAGACCUGAAGUUCCUCAAUCAGACGGAAGCUCAGAAUAUUGACCAAGAGCUGUUUACGGAAUAUGCCUUUAGUGUUGACCAGCUUAUGGAACUUGCCGGUUAUAGCUGUGCCGUAGCAAUAGCUAAGUGUUAUCCCAUAGAAGAGAUGACGAAAGACAACCAUGCGGUGUUGGUUUGUUGUGGUCCGGGAAAUAAUGGAGGGGAUGGUUUGGUGUGUGCGAGACAUCUUAAAAUGUUUGGCUACAAACCCACCAUCUUCUACCCAAAGCGGCCAUCCAAACCCCUGUUCGACGCAUUGUACCAGCAAUGUGAAGGGAUGGACAUGCCUGUUUUAUCUUUCUUCCCAUCAGAAGCUCACCUUAUAACCGACUCGUACAACUUCGUAGUUGAUGCCUUGUUUGGAUUUAGUUUCAAAGCCCCCGUUAGACCGGAAUUCGAACCAGUGAUGGAGACACUGAAAAAGGUUGAGUCGCCCAUUUGCAGCAUUGAUGUUCCCUCAGGAUGGGACGUUGAAAAAGGCGAUCCUAAUGGUCUUCAACCCGAACUACUUAUCUCACUAACUGCUCCUAAACAAUGUGCUCGCCUGUUCAAAGGAAAGCAUCACUACCUUGGCGGAAGAUUUGUCCCUCGUACCUUGGAACAAAAAUACAAGCUGAACCUGCCGCCUUACCCUGGCACUGACUGUGUGGUGGAAUUAAAGGAUACACAAGAGGACGGGACCGCAUAGCGGCUUCUGUCAAACGGGGAACGUUCGUCGAUUUUAGUGUAACUUGAGGCAUACCUGUGUACGGGCCAUGUUUUCGUCUUGCGUGGUCGUGGUCUGGCAGGAAGGCAAUUGGUACAUAUCAAAUUAAAUAGCUGAAGAGUCAGCAAUCGGCCAUACAAGAACUCGAACCGUGUGGGGCUCAAAUCUCCAACCUUCUGCUCCGUGCAAAGAAGCCCAAACCAAUAGGAGAUAUAUUUUAACUUGUAAUCCCAAACUUAUAUCUGAAAUAACAUGACACACAAAAAACCUGUUAUGUGAUAUAUAUAUAUAUAGAUAUAUAAUGUAUGUAUAUAUAUUAACAAACCCUACCAUUAAAUUGUUUUUUUUUAUUGUCACUUUUACACAAAUCUCGAAUUAUUGAGUAGAUAUUUAGAUGUUUAGACUUUUUAUAGAGUGUAGAUUUUAUGUAAGAAUUCAAUCGGCAAUACGCCCAUGUGUACACAAUCAAUAAAAUACGCAAAUGUUUAUAACAUAGUCAAUGGUCACUCAAUCUUCCAACCAUACAGUUACAAUUUGGUUAACAAUCACAAUUCCAUAGAACAACAUAAAUAGCGGGAGGAAUAACUAAAUAUCAUCGGUUAUAACUAUAGUAGGCACUUCUCAACUCGAAAGCUUUCAAAACAAACAUAGAUAAUUUUCUAUUUACAUAAGGAUUUUUAUAGGUGAAUCAUUCUAUAAAUUUAUGCAUAUAAGGUCUUGCAUCAUAAAAUGUAUCCAUGUAAGCUUUUCGUAUAUCAGUAUACAAGUUACAUUCAAGAACAAUAUGAUAUUUAUCUUCCUGUGAAUCACAUAAAUGACAUUUCCUUUCCGAAUAAGGUAUAAGAGCUGGUUUAUGCCAUCUUCCAGCCUCUACCUGUAAUCUGUGUGCAGACAUUCUUAAUGUUGACAAUGCAAUUCUAUACUUAUUAAGUACUUGUUUUGCAAUUUUAACCGCUGUAUUUUCUGGAACAGUUUCAAUGAGAGAAAUAUUAUGUUCCUGAAAUUAUCCAUUUCCUAUUUAUCAAAUUAUUUAGUUGAUUUAAAAUAGGAAGCGUUGUGUGAAAGGUAGCACUCAACAAAUGGCUUGAUUCGGGAUCAGAAAACGAUAAGCUGGAUAUGGGAAAGGAAAUUAGAAUGUUGAUCAUAAAUACACAUAUUAGGUAGAUAUGUGUCAUAACAUAUGCUAAAGGCGCAAAAUAUACAAAAGUUUUCCUAAAACAAGAUAAUUUUACCUGGAUAGAGGAAACAAAAUAGGAGGGAUCAGAAAUGGGUAUUCUGGAUAUGGAAAGGUAAUAAGAAUGCUUAUCAUAAAUGAACAUGUUAGUUAGGUAUUUUUGAUUAAUUUGUUAAAGGCGCGGAACAAAACGUUUCUCGUUGAAUAACAAAAGAACACUUGUACAAAGGAACUUAAUACAUGGACCCAGGAAAUUCAUACGUGGUAUACAUGUUGGUCAUGAGCAGUUAAUGAACCCAAUGCUUAACUUUGUUCGUGUUCAGUCCAAAAGUACAAAUUUCAUGUCCAUCAUUGAUUAUUACUAUCCUAAGGCCACACAAUGGGGGAGACAGACGCCAUUUUAAAAAAAAGCAACCUCUAGUUCAUUUCCAUUUUGUUGUUUUGACAAAACCUCACAGGAAUGUUCCUUUGGUGGUCCUUUACCAAAAUUGCUCAAAUGGUUCAGGUCCAUUGCACAAUAU